ACCUUCUCUGGUCAUGUGACUAUAUAAACCGUAAAAUACUGACGAUCGAAAUAUAUAUCUGUAAAUAGUUGCACUGUAAGAAAGAACUAGCUAGCAAAACAACUUGUUUACACUUUACAGGAAAUUAUAACUGGAUCCACACCUGUCUAACAGGCAGGCCGUUUCAAUGCAUUACAGAGAACCGAAAACGCUGCGGAGAUGGACGCGUACGAUUUGUUUACAAGUUGCAGAAAGGGCGACAUUUCCAGAGUUAGGUAUCUUGUUGAACAGAGAGACGUGGACCUCAAUGUAAGAGACAAAUGGGACAGCACCCCGUUGUACUAUUCUUGCCUCUGUGGCCAUGAGGAGCUGGUCCAGUACCUGUUGGCUAAUGGAGCGAAGUGUGAAGCCAACACAUUUGAUGGAGAGCGAUGCAUGUAUGGCUCUCUGAGUGACUCCAUCCGACGUCUCCUAAAAGAGUACAAGUGCAUCACAGCCCAAGCCAUGCAGAGGGACUAUUAUGACCACUUCCUGCUCACGUUACUGGAGCAGGGCCAGUAUAGUGACGUCAAGUUCCUGGUUCACGGUGAGACAUUUCAGGCUCACCGCUGUGUGCUGAGCGCUCGCUCAGAGUACUUCACAGCCAUGUUUGAAACCAAAUGGAAAGGAAAGAACUUGAUUCCCCUCAAACACCCUUUGAUCAACCCUGCAGCCUUUGGUGCCAUCCUGCAGUAUUUUUACACUGGUCGUAUGGACAUUGAUGUGAGCCAUGUGGAGGACUGCAAGCGGCUGGCCAAACAGUGCAAAAUGGGCGACCUUAUUGAUGAGUUGGAGAGCAAGUGUAAACAGGUGUAUGAGUUUGUCUCCAAUAAGCCAGGGACUUGUGUUAAGGUUCUGACCCUGGAGCCUCACAGCUGUCAGCAUCAGGAGGAGAUGGCUCAACUGGCAGACUGUGCCCUCCCUGCUGAGCUAAAAGUGGGAUUUGGCGAGCUUCCAUUUGACAGAACUGACAACUUCCCUAGCUACCCUGACAUUUGCUUCAGGGUUGAAGGUUAUGACUUCCUGUGUCAUAAGGCGUUUUUCUGUGGACGCAGUGACUAUUUUAAGGCGCUGCUGCAGGACCACUUCAGUGAGGGAGAGAUGCUGCAGUCCCAGCCCAGCACCCCAGUCCUCACCAUCCACAACAUCUCCCACGAGAUCUUUAUCCGUCUCCUCUAUUAUGUCUACAGCGACGACACGGAGCUGUCCCCAGAGAAUGUGUUUGAUGUGCUGUGUGUGGCUGAUAUGUACCUGCUCCCCGGGCUGAAGCGUCUAUGUGGUAAGACGCUGGCCAAGAUGCUGUGUGAGGACAACGUGUUGCACAUGUGGAAGACGGCCAAGCUCUUCAGACUAUCUCGUCUGGAGGACCAGUGCACGGAGUACAUGGCCAAGAUCAUAGAGAGGCUGGUAGAGCAGCCUGAGUUUGCUGACAUGAUCAAGGAGGAUGCUGGGGCGGUGGAGGACCGACACGAAACAGACUCCAUCCCUCUGGUGGACGACAUCCGCUUCCACAUCACCAGCAACGUCCAGACCUUCAGCGCCAUCGAGGAGGCCAACGUGAAGCUGGACGCCCUGGAUCAGCUGCUCUCCACCAUCGGCCUGGAAUGCUAAUGAGAAGGUGUGGUGGCGUGUUAGGGCUAGUACUGGCUAAGCUAGCGUCUAGCCACAAGCAGUGGCAAUAAGGACUUGUAUUGGACUGUUGAAUGGUAUUGGGAGAGGCAUUAAACAGCUUUCACAUUAUACACACAAAAAUAGUCUUGUUUAUUUCACCAGCAAUGGCUUCAAAUAGUUUAAAUGCUUCUGGGCCCGACCAGGUGGUGGGCAAAGCACCUUUUUGUGAAUAAUGUGAAAGCUGGAAAUGCUACAAUUUGUGUAUUGGGUACAUUCUAGUAUUGACCUGGAAUGUCGAAGACCGAAGUAUGUAGGGACUGGAGGCAUCAAGUUGCUAUUGAGUAGCUAGACAAGGAUAGAGAUGCUGAAGGAAGAAGUUGAGGAUGAUGUUGCAUUGAAUGAAAUGAAUUAGAAUGAAUGAAACACACAGAUACAGAAGCCCUUGUGAUGAGGAAUGGAGUGUGGACUCUGAUUGUAAUAUGUACUUAAGUUUGGGGUUUUAUUUUGAAGUAAUGUGAAGAAGAAAGAAAGAAAAAAUAAAUAUAUAUAUAUAUAUAUAUAUAUAGACAAAAACAAUAGACAAAAACCGUUCGGGAUGACAAGUCAUCUGACCACAAAUAUAGUAGACCCAAUGUCACAGCAGAAGAUAUUACAGUAUAUCGACUUAGAAAUAUGAAAUGAAAUGUAGCUAUUAAAGCACCUUCGCAUAUGUGUGACAAAUAUUCAAUUAUGAAAAGCUCUUGUUUUUAAACCAAGAGACUGAGAAACAGCAAAUAUUUUACUCUUGUGAUGAAUUACAAUAAUUAUAGAAUUCUGAAUGGCAGCCACAUUAAUUUUUUUCCCCCCUAACAUGGACAUCACUCUUUUUUUCCAUCAGCAUUUCCUGACUGAUAUGAAUUUGUUAAACUAUGUUUUCGCGGCUUGCUUUUCUUAAGAGGCAAGACAUUUUGAUUAUAUUUCACCUUGUGCUAGUAUAUUAUAGGUCUAAUUGCAUGCUGAUUACUCUUGUUGUGUAUGCAUGAUUUAUCUUUAUAGAACGUAGCUUUUUAUUUAGGUGUUAGGAGAGAGGAAACCAUAGCUAGUUACAUGGCUAUGGUAAAUAUUGUUUAAAUCCCAAAAUAAUGAAAAGAAAUUCAGCCUCAUAUGUCGUAUAUGACAAUGUAUUGAAACCAUUACUGUUAAUCAUGAGUAAAGUAAUGAAUUUAUUUUUAUGAUUUAGUUUUGAAAAAAGGAUGACUGGAGUCAAGUAAAGACCCAACGAGAGUUUAUUUACAAAAUUGAUAUUGAAUACUCUUGGUGAGUUUUUUUUAUUUAUUAUUGGCAAUCAUUUAGAGAAUUCAUUACACGACUUGUAUUCUAGUUCAUUUUAUUUGAUAACUAGAUAUUGAAUUCUGUCAAUCACAUUCAUGCAGCAAAUGCAUUUAGCCUCGAUUUGCAUGCAGUAUACAGUGUGGGAAACCACAGUAAAAAGGAUGUGAGUGUUUUCACAUACAGCAGUCACAAAAUGGAUCCUCAUUUCCUUAAAGCAUACUUGCAUGUACAUGGACAAGCAGACAGACAACCAACCACAAACAAUACAGUGCAAUUUUAGGGAUGACAUUUAAACACCUGAAUAGCUGUCCUUUAUUUAUUUUGAACUUAAUCUAAGUCCCAAUAUCUCUUAUCUUUAACUAUGACAUUCCACUGCUGUGCAUAUAUAUCACUUUCAAAAUAGAAAUGUAUUUUUCAUUGUCAACUUUACCACAAAUCUACUACUGGAUAAGCAUAAAGGAUUGUACUGUAAAUCACAUACUAACCCCUGUACAUGCUGAACAGACAAAAACACAUGUUAUGUAUUUGUGAAGCUUGUGUGAUUUAACACCAUUUCUUAUGAGGACUGUUCUUUAAGAGGAUUACACACGCUAUGGUUAGUAAUGACUUCCCAUUACAUGGACUAAGUAGGAUCAAUCAUUUAGCCAGUCUGCUUUGAUAAAUAUGUAAGGGAUAAUCAACGAUGGGUUAUGCGUUCUCUUGAAAAGAAUGAACGACGUGGAAGGUGUGCAGUGGAACUAACCUUCCACGGAGUUGCAUUAUUUUCCUGAGAACGCAUAGUCCUGAGUUGAUUAUCCCUUUUAUACCGUGGCUAUAAUUUAGCACAUUUACAGCUAGAAAUGUGUUCAUUUGCAGGUAGAAAUGUGUUCAACAUCAACUGAAGUAGCUAGCAAGAUUACUAGCUAGUG